CAUGUGCUGGACUGUAGCACAAUACUUUAUGCCAGUCUGUGCAACCCUACAUUCGACUUCUACUCCACUGUUUGCAGGAUUUCCCAGCAUGCCCUGGCUGUGCUGGUGGAGGUGAAUGAGGGGGAAGAGUUUGUCCUGCUGCCCUGUCAGUACUCAGGUUUCAUACCUGAGGACGAUCCUGCAGUGAUGUGGACUCGCAGUGAUCUCGAUCCCAGAUCUGUCCACCUGCUCCGAGAAGGACGAGAUGAUCUUAGAGGACAAAACCAGCGUUACAGCAGACGCACAUCAGUGAAGUCUGAUGCUCUGGACUCUGGAAACUUCAGCCUCACUCUGAGGAAACCACAACUGACUGACAGCGGCAGCUACACCUGCUCCAUCACUGAUGGAAGACAAGAACGGAGACUGAGAGACAUCCAGCUGCAGGUCAAAGACCAGCAGGUGGAGGUGAAGGUGGAGGAAGGCUCAGUGUCUGUCAUCCUGCCCUGCAAAACAAAACCUGACCUCCCCAACGACACCAGAGUGGAGUGGAAUCGCUCUGAUGUAGAACUCAUCAUAGUCCAUGUGUCCACCUUAAACGACCACCGUAAGAAGCAGGAUGGCCGUUACAGAGAACGCACAAAGAUGAAUGAAGACCUGUUGAGAACUGGAGACCUCAGUCUGACCCUGAAACAGCCCACACAGAGAGACACAGGAGGAUACAUCUGCACCAUGUACAGGGACAAAGACAUCCUGAGACAGAAAGUAGUGCUGCAGGUCAAAGAAUCAUUUCCAUCCUGGGCCAUAGCUCUCCUGGUUCUCCUUGUUCUUCUUGUGGGUUUUGGUUUUUUAUUUUAUUUUUGGCAGUAUUUGAUGUCAGAUUACAAGGUGGAGGUGGACUCAGGGGUGGAGUCUGUCCAGCUGCCCUGCAAAACCAAAAUUCCCCUGCUGAAAGAUUUUAAAGUGGAGUGGAAGGACAGAGACAACAGGAAGGUUCACGUGUAUCAGAACGGCUCUGACCAGCCUGGUGAACAGAGUGUAUUUUACAGAGACCGCACAAAAAUAAAUGAAGAAUUGGUAAAAACUGGAGACCUCAGGCUGACCCUGAAAUACCCCACUAACUGGGACAGUAAGAUCUACAUCUGCACCGUCUACAGCAGGGCACAGAUCCUGAUGAGGAAACAAGUGGAGCUCACUGUGAGAGUGUUUGCCAUAAAUCUUGAUGCCCUGCUCUUCAGUCUGUUCCUUGCAUGUGAAUGUGAAACCCUGCACAUCGUACUGGUGGAGGGGUGGGGUUAUUACCUGUGUCCCCACCUAUGGGCGGAGCUGUCCUUCAGUCUUGCACUCACACAUCUGCAGCACAAGCAGUGCUGGGUAGCUGAGGACACUUAA